AUGAGCUCGAGGCCUGUUCCGAGGAGAGAGAGUCCAUGGGGAUUGCCUGAGGGUGACACGCGACAGCCCCAAGCGCAUCGGUGCAACGACAGAGCGGAGGAUGUUAUCCAGGUAGAAACCAUCCCGCGGCUUCAUUUUCCUGGCGUUCGCCUGGGCAUUCCGAUCCUUUUUUAUUCUUCGUUCUUUCCUAUCUCUGUUCUCCUAGUGUUUAUCUGAGCACCUGCAGUCUAGGAUCGUUCACUCCAUAUUCUUGAAAAUCAUCGACUUAUGAGCAGCUAGCUUACAUCGGAUUACUAAUCACGACAACUGGCAUAUAUUUAUUCUAUAUUUUUUUUUGGUUUCUCAGCAAUGGCUGUGUAAAUUUGUAUGAAAACUCAAAAAACUGCGUUCGGUUCCAAGAUUUUGUACCAUUAUCGUCAUUAAUGGGAUCAUCUGGGAAUGAGCCUGCUGGUUAUCUUUCAUGUUAAUCUAUGCAUUGUGGCAUAUGAAAGGGAUUCCGCACAUUCAUUACCUCCUAUGUAACUUCUGAUAGUUUAUUCCUCAGUUUUCAGAAUUUUUAAAGGAUGAGGAAAGAGUGAUCAAUGAUUAUCAUAUAUCUUUAUUGACAUAAAUUUCGUGAAAUUUUCUUCAAAUGAGUUUUGAUCAUCUCCAGCUUGGAGGCAGUCAUCUAACUAGCAGAAGCCUUGCCAUGAGAUUCCACGGUUUCAUUGUUCUUGGAAAACAGAUAGCCUUGAUUUAGAUUUUUCUUUGAAAAGUUUCUUCAAUCAGCAAGGUAGGAAUAUAUCUGACGAAGCUUGUCUAAAGUACUUUCGCUGAAAUUCUAAAUCUCGCAAUCAAAUGCAGCUCUUCAGUAGUUACGACAUUGGUUUUGAAGUUGCAACUAACAUAUAUGGCACAUUUUCUGGAGAAUCAUGAGGCAACAAACUAGUCGCCUCACUCUGGGUGAAUACUUGUGUCAUAGAUCAUAUAACAUGUGAACAUAAAACCUUUGUUUCUGGGUGAGAUCAGUGGAGGGAAACUCACUGUGCAGCUAGUGAGAAGAAUCUGGAAUCUGAGUUUCUGAGCGGACUCCCUUUAACAAGUUUUUACUUAAAUGAGUUCGAGACCUAGGUCUGGCUUUCCUUGUCUAUAUGUGGUCAGAGGCUGUAUGUUAUUUCCAUGGUCAUAAAAGUAUCAGAGGACUAACCAUGCAAAGAUAUAUUUUUUUUCCCCAUUUUACCAUGCUUCCUUCUUCUCUAAUGAAUAUUACCAUCACCUUCUUCUUUUUCUCCUUAUUAAUUUCAUGGUGAGGGAAAUAUCCUGGAAUGAAAUCUGAAACAGUGUUCAUGAAGUGAUGUGCUUCUGAAUAAUAAAUAAAUGCAUUAUCCUGGUCUUUCUGAAUGCAGUGUAACGUGGUUUCUUUGUAAUGAAAACCUUGCAGGCUUGCUUUGAAGGGAAUCCCUUUAAGACAGUUCCUGGCCCUUUCAAACUCUUUUGGCGAUGCAUGCGCUCAAAACCCGGGUAAUCUUCUGUCACUCCGAUAGUUCAGUCUCAAAGCUUUCUUUCCAAAUUUCUCAUCUCUUUCUUCAUCCCCGGCAUUGGUUGGAUCUGUCCCAUUAGGUGAUCUCCGAUGCUUAACUUGCUUUAGAAUUCUCUAGACAAAUUCGGGAUAAUGGAAUACUAUUAUCUGCAUUCAGCUUAUGUAGAUCAUGGAUUUAAUGGUCAAUAAGUUGCACCCUUAACCUGGACGAGAGAGAAUACUUGGAUGCUUUGCCCGUGAUUGCCCAUGUUGAUUUGGCCGUGCUGCCUUGGAACCAAAAGUUUAGAAUAACUAACUGAUGAGUGAUGAAGAUUAUAAGAAAUCUUAUGCCUACGAAGGAUAAUAUGCGCCUUGUUUUGCAAGUUGCUGUGCACAGGAGAGGUUAAAAGCACGGUUUAUCCACCUUGAUCUUUAUCAGUGGACUGUUAAGGAUGGAAAUAACAAGUUUAGAUGCAGAUUUGUGACGAACAGUUAUAAUGCCGAGAAACUCAGCCACUGAUCCCUUAUUUUGGUGAGAAUCAUAAAAGUUUGCAUCAGCUGGUCAAAGGAAACAGCUUCUUUCCGGCAAUGAAUAAAAAAUAGAUUAAAUAAUUUUAUUAUUGCAAUAGCUUUGAGAGAAUGUCUUUACAUUUAAUUAUAAUAUGCAUUUCUUUCAACAAAAGCUACAAAUGGUAUUUUCUAAUCAGGCUGCAAUCCUGUUAGAUUAGCUGUUUCUGAUGACACAGUAAACCAAUAUGCAGCUCUCAUUCUCUCUGCUUGCAUCCCGUUAUUUUUCCUUUCUUUAGAUGAUUUAUACAAAUAUGUGUGCAUGUAUUUUAAUUUACAUUAGCCCCUUGGUUCCAUCUUUUCUUCCCUAUUAUUUUCAUUCCAUGAAAUGAUGUGCAUGUACAUGUAUAUAUUAUUUUGUUUAUAUCCAUAAUGAACUUAUCUACUAUUUUUUCGUUCCCUGAAUGACAUAUACAUCUAUAUAAAUAUAUGCAUAGCUUUAUUUUGGAUCCAUGAUUAGCCCAUAUUUUCUAUAUUUACUUACAUUCCUAUGAAAUUUUAAUUCCUUGAAAUUUAUAUAAAACCUCCAGAUGUUCGACUAUGUCUUUGUUAACAGUGUUCAGUUGUGUGCAGGGAAGAACCAACUGAGCCCUUCUACUACUUGGACUUGGAUCCACCACAGAGAGAGGUGAAGCUUGAGUGA